CUUCAACCCAACGACCGCCAUCUUCAUCCCCACCAGUGUCCUAUUGCUCAGUUGGUUUAUUAUAACUACCACUCGAGGAUCACGACUGCUUCCUUGAUCCACCCCAAACGCGAUCGUCCGGGAUACCUCUUGCCUCUUUCGACCCUCCAGACCGCGACGACAACCAUCAAUCCCCCCUCCUCUCUUUCAGGGACACCACAGUUCGGCUUUUUCAGGUGUGACGUCUGGCGUGUGACUGCUACGUCGGUCAAACCCUGAAGGUACGUGUCCGCUGCUAAUCGCACACGGCGAAUCACACUAUCCACCGCCCGCCUCUCUCUUUGCGAACAAUCCAUUCAUCAUGUCCUUUCCGCCACCUCCAGGUCUGAAGCAAGCUCCUUCAUCGCUCCCUCCGCGACCGCCUCCCGCCAGCUCCAUCUCGCCCUCUCCCACUCCGUCGUCAUACAAACCCGCAUACUCGGCAGCGCCGUCCUAUGCCUCUGCGGGGACCAGUAGCGGAUAUGGGGGUAGCGGAGCCCGCUCGGGCUACAACGCCUUCACGGCAUUCCAGCCGCGGGCCGUAGCAUCGAGCCAGCCAUACCGUAACAGCAGUCCCGUGGUGUCGGCGCCGCCGGCUACCACGUCUGGGUAUUCCACUCCAACCACCACCGGCUACGGUAACUACUAUUCGCAACCACAGCAAACGUACCAGGGGGGCGCCUCCUACUACGGGUCGGCGCAGUACAACGACAACAACUAUGGGGCUGCAGUUCCGCACAUCCAGAACCCCUUUGCGGCCGAUCAGCCGUACGGGUCUCGCGCCAAGGCCAACGAAUCCGGCGUAGAUGCUGAGAUGGAGGCGCAGAUCGCCCAGUGGCAGAGCGCCUACGCCAACAAGGAUGAAGUCCCGCCCGUCGGGAAGAUCCCGGGUCAGCGCGACGCCUAUCCCGCCAUGCCCAGCACCGGCUCCGGCGCCACCACCCAAGCGGGAACCACACCGGCGGCCAGCACGCCCAACCCGUUCCCCAGCGGCCCGGAACCGGAUCCCAAGACGGUGGUGCGCGCCGGCGGCGGGAAGACGUGGUCCGAUUCCUCGCUUCUGGAGUGGGACCCCGCGCACUUCCGCCUCUUCGUUGGAAACCUUGCGGGCGAGGUCACCGAUGAUUCGCUGCUCAAGGCCUUCUCCAAAUACACGUCGAUCCAGAAGGCACGCGUGAUCCGCGACAAGCGGACGCAGAAGAGCAAGGGGUACGGGUUCGUCAGUUUCAGCGACGGCGAUGAUUAUUUCCGGGCCGCGCGCGAGAUGCAGAACAAGUACAUCGGGUCGCACCCGAUUCUGCUUCGCCGCGCUACCACCGAGGUGCGGCCCGUGGCGAACAACAAGACGGGGCGAAAGAACGGCGGAGGCGGGGGCGGCCACAAGGAAGCCGGGGAAGACGAAGGGAGGAUUGAAGAUUUUGGGUUGACGUGGAGGAUAUCGUUUCACCCUGUCUAUGAUACAUAGUAAUUGACAUGCAUAUACAAGAU